AUGGCGAAGGACUACCAGGAUCCGCCACCAGUGCCGCUAAUAGACGGCGUGGAGAUAAGGAAAUGGUCGUUCUAUAGAGCUCUGAUUGCGGAGUUCAUGGCGACUCUGCUUUUCCUGUAUGUGACGGUGUUGACGGUGAUCGGGUACAAAGCGGAAACGCAUGGUAUGGGGAAGAAGAACGUGGAUUCUUGUGGAGGAGUUGGGAUUCUGGGAAUAGCUUGGGCUUUUGGAGGAAUGAUCUUCGUUCUUGUUUACUGUACUGCUGGAAUUUCAGGGGGCCACAUAAACCCAGCAGUGACAUUUGGGCUUUUUUUGGGCCGAAAGGUGUCACUUGUGCGAGCCGUGAUGUACAUGGUGGCCCAAUGUUUGGGGGCCAUCAGUGGAGUUGGGCUUGUCAAGGCCUUCCAGAAGGCCCACUUCCAGAAGCACGGCGGCGGGGCUAAUGGGGUUUCCGAUGGCUACACCAUCGGCACUGGACUGGUCGCCGAGAUUGUUGGCACUUUUGUGUUGGUGUACACCGUCUUCUCCGCCACCGACCCUAAACGUAACGCCAGAGAUUCCCAUGUUCCGGUUUUGGCUCCACUUCCAAUUGGGUUUGCAGUUUUCAUGGUUCAUUUGGCUACAAUUCCAAUCACGGGCACUGGAAUCAACCCAGCUAGAAGCUUGGGAUCCGCCGUUAUUUUAAAUGAUCAAAAGGCUUGGAAUAACCAUUGGAUAUUUUGGGUUGGACCAUUUCUUGGAGCAGCCAUUGCAGCUUUCUACCACCAAUUCAUCUUGAGGGCAGGGCAUAGAGACCCAGAGAUUAAAAUAAAGUAACUCUACAGGAAGCCUUAUGGCUAAAUAUAUAAAAAGAACUCAUGUUGUUCGAUGAAGGGUAAAGAAUAAGCGAGACAAGUGCAUUUCUUACAGGAUUUGGAGAGAAAAAUAAAUGGCACCCAUCUCCACCAUCUUGUCUUUUCUGUUGUCUUCUCUAUCCUUUUUAUCUGAUCCUUGGCCUGAGGCAUUCUAUGGUCUCCCUCUCGAACACUCGGCACAGCUGUCACUCAUCGGGUAUGCUAUUUUCCACACAGAUACUGCAAUUGUGUUAUAAUUUGCUAAUACAAAUCAAACUGUUUGUCUUCUCCAAAUUCUGCUCAAGAUUUCUGUUGAAGAUGAAGACAGAGCAGAUAAGUAAUGGUCAUUUCACAGUUCCCUUCUGUUAAUCAUAUGCACUUGUGAUAUUGUGGUACUGAAGUUCAAUUUCAAAAACUUCCAAUAUGAGAGAUGCAAAAAUUGUAAAUGUAAUGUAAUCAGCUCAAACUUUUAUAGUUCUAAAUCUAUGACAUAGCCUGGCCUUCCUAGUAUAAAAUAAAAGAAAGGAAGAAAAAACAUUCUUAUUUAAUUAUGAGAGGCCACUAUAUGAGUUUGAUGCCUGGGGUGGCCUAAAUGCCCACAAAAUUAAUGAAGAUAAGGAAUGUGAUAUCGACCCCAUUCUCAAAUAAUUUUCAGCCUCA